AUGGCUUCCCCUCGACAUAGUCGUACUGGGACACCUAAAGGUUGGCUCGUUGCGCUCCAAGCUGCUCAAACGUUCGAGACUCCACGAGCAUCCCAUCUAAGUGUACGACAUGACGAUCACACUAGUCUCUCACCUCCUACGACUCCCGGACUAGGCUGGGACAAGACACCGCCGGCUAUAGAGGACGCGCCGACACCAGAAUAUGAGCUGGGGAAAGAUGACGGCGCCCUGCCUCUGCCUGUCUCACCCCUAGAUGUUCGCAAAACGGGUGGCAGUACCAGUACCAGUAUCAGCGUCGGGCAGCUUGCCAUACACGACAAUGAUCCGCUAGAGUUGAACGACUCUCAUCGCGGAGACCAGACGUACCGCACCGCAGGAGGCGGUGGGUUGUUUUGGGCACUGAGCAACCGAGAAGAGCGGAGAGGGAAAUUUUCGGACACACAACAUGGGAUAAACCAGGGCGGAUAUCAGUUCCCCACGGCAAACUUUGGCUUCAACUCGACCGCCACGUCUGCGAGAGAAGCGCUUCCUUCGCAGGACCGGGCGCGUGAAUGUUUGGCUUCCGAAGUCAAGGUCGAGACUGAUGAACAUUCGGCAACGACCACCUCAACCGGAGCAAGUGACCCGGAAGUCGCAGGUAGUAACGAAGCUUCAAUUAGCAAGCGAGUACGGAUAUUCACUGCCCCGUACGGUGCAGCCGGCGUCAAGACAGAAAACACCAUCUUUCGGCACCAGGCGACGUCUGCCACGGGAGACAGGACGACGGCCAAUACGGAAACACCCACCUCUACAGCUGUGCCUGCUCCGAGCUCCGUCAAGCGGACAGUGCCAGUCGCCCUGGUAUGGAGUUUGAACACAACGCUCUCCAGUAUUCUGCCCUUAGAAACUGUUGAAAGACUGCAGAGCGACCCUCUUCGUUGUAUUGCUACCAGUGCGGAUCAAAGUUCGAGGUGCAAGAAUCAGAAUGCCGGAAAGCUGACACAAGAAAAGGCCUUUGGUCUGCUCAAGGGGCAUAGGCCACUCAACCGUCCAUUUGAUCCUUCUGACGUGGCAAACCGCCUUCUCGCUCUGAUGGACCAAGCGACGUGCAAACACCAACAUAGGAAGCCUAGCCAGAGUCGUUGGGAUGAGCUAUGCUCGUACUCGUGGCGGGUCGAUGAAACGGAGGAUGCAGAUAGGCAUACAGUUCAGGCCGCGGCAACUAUGGCUGCCGGCGUGGUGCAAGUCUGGCUCGAAGCACUGAUGAAACUCGCGACCAGGAAUCCGAAUGGAAAAGCCAGACUGAGAGAGGAAGACGGUCCUUCGGUGCAGCAGACUCUUGCUUCUUCGGUUGCCAUUUUUACGGCUCUGGAUAGAGAGAGAACUACGUUAUCUGGGCAUGUCGACCGAGGUGCCACUGCUACAUCAGUUGCUAAACGCCCUGGUCCCGAUCGUGAGGAUGCCACCACCAACAACCACAACACCGGCUCAGAUUCGGUGGCGGUGGUGGUGAAACAAGACCUCGGAGCUCCCAAAUUAUCAUAUCACCUGAACUACCACUUUGAGCGGUACACCUGGGCCGGCAAGAAGAAUACGCUCUCUGCGUCGGAGCUGAUUCGCCAGACGCUCAUGAAGCCGUUGACCGAGAAGGACUUGACCAGGACAGGGUCCAUCUACGUGUUCUGGCAUCCCGGAAACUUUGGAUACGUCAAGAUCGGCCGAUCCGCAGACAUUAAGGAGCGACUGAACCAGUGGCGCAGGCAGUGCAAAUAUGUUCUUGAACCACACACUCCCACUCCAGACGAUCCGACCGAGGACGAGCUACAGGCGCACCACCCCCAUCGCAUCGAAACCCUCAUCCAGGCAGAGCUUAAAGAACAUCGGCUGUUGGGACCUCCAUGUAAGGGCUGUAAGCACCAGCACUCCGAGUGGUUCGAAGUCUCCAGCAGCUAUGCCCUCCAGGUGGCCAAGAAGUGGACCUCGCGCUCAACCUCCUUGUACAAGGGCCGGUAUUUAUACAUUGAACCGGCCGAGAUCGAUCGGUUGUGCCAGGUAACGGCCAAGGAUAGUCUACAACCAGCGGCACCUCCACGGUUAGCGACAAAGGGAGCCAAGUUAUCUGGCACCAAAAAACGCCAGAACAAACAUGGUGGCCGAAAGAGCAGUCCUUUAUAA